GGUGAUGGUGCCGAUUUUAGGAGCUCUCUAAACACAGGCGCAGGGUCCAGUUUAGAAAAGAGACAUCGUUUAUUCCGCGCAGGGCGCAAGGCAGAGGUUUCCACAAGUCAAGCACACCACCUAUCAAAGCUUUUCACUAUUUAUACAUUUUAGCAAACAAGGGAAUGAGUGGUCAUUGGCUACAAGUUACAUAGUUCUCUUAUUAAUUAGUAUUCUGUCUUCUGUUGGUUAAUGAGUCUCCCAUGCUAAUUAAUCCGCAUGCUCAGUCUUUCUCAGCUUAGGAGUCAGGGGGUUUCUGGGGUCGGUGGCCAUCAUCUCCAGCUGCCGGAAUUGCCUUUUGUCCACUCAGAGCUGAUUCAGCAGAGUUGCUGGGUUUAUUAAGUUUCUUACUUACUUUGGGAGUUCUGCCAAACGUCUUUGUGGCCCAUAAAUUCUGCGUUCUUUAUGCCCGCUAUCAGUGGUACAUCCUUCUCCCCAGGCUUUGUUAACCUCACCCUAGGUCUGAAAUCACUGGAACAUGUCCAGCCCUAAACGUUAACAAAGAGACCUGGACUUCACUUGGGGCUUGUUAGCUGUGCUCUCGUUUCAUGGAUUAAAUUUCCCUUCUUGUUGAUUAGACUUGAAAGUGUACAAAGGCCAAACAUCAAAGAACAUUCUUCCUUAAGAAAAUUUGUAGGUAUUCCACAUUUUGCAGCAAUCAGGCAGGACCCUGUAUCAUAACUCCCUUCUCAUACCCUGUAGCUCUCUGGGCUAAUUGUUAACUGUUUCUGACUUCCGAGACCUUUUUUAGCAGCUAAUCAGAAAGCUUUCUACUGGCGUGGAAGGCAGCUCGUUUGUCAGUCCUUACUUCUCUUGGACACGUGUGCCAAGGGAGAUACACGCCUGUUCUCCAAGAGCUUUGGGAAAGAAGUUUUUUGAGGGAUGGAGGGGGGGAGCAAGGAGGCAUACCUUUAUGCUGCCUGGGAAGCUUCGUACUUGCCCAUGUAUUACUUGCCAGAUAUUACCUUGUUUUCCCUGCUCUGCCAGACUUCAGGGUCCUCUUGGUCUAUGGAAAAUGUGUAGGGAAGGUUUUCAGCAAAAGGCAAAUUGAAGAUUCUACUUUGGUCUUUGCUUUUCCACUGAGAUUACAGAAAUGCUUAGCCUACAUCUUUAGUUGCAACUCCUUUAACAAGUACUCCAGAAAGGGCUGAAGGAGGUGUCCCAGUGCGACAUCAAGCUAAAAUGUGUAAUGAUGUGAAACAAGAUCUUCUGUUAACUCAUGCUGUGUGUCUUUCUUGAUCCCGGAAUGUGGCAUGCUACCUGAAGUGCUGAAAAGCACAAUUGCAGAUAUUGGAGAGUACUACCUGGUGAGGAGUUUACCCAUUCAUGAAUUGGUCACUCAUGAAUUCAUUGAUGCUUUCGUGAAAAAAGGUUCAUGCUAUGCACUUACCUAUAAGACAAAAAUUGAUCAAGAUAAUACUGCAGCUCUGCUACCAAAUGGUAAACUAAUUCUGUCAGUGGAUAAGGAUACUUAUGAGGAACUUGGACUGCAAGGUCGCCCUUCUCGGUAUUCAGGCAAAAAAGUAAUGCGAUAUAUUAUCACUAUUGACUUGACUGAUGCUGGCUUUUACCCUGAGAGCAAGAAACAUAACAGAGUGCUUUGGGCCUUGAAAGAAAAGAAACCUUUAGAAUUUGACUUCCUACUGGCUUGGUAUAAUUCAGGUGCAGAGGGAUCAACAUUGAUGUCAUACUUUUCAAAAAACCAAAUACAGGCCCUGAAGCCAAAAAUAACAUUCAGCACCUUAAGGGACUUGCAGUGUCCAGUGUUACAAAGUAAUGAUCUACAAGGAAAACCAGAGGAGUCCUGCAGUACAGAGGAGCUCUUGGAAUGGCUGGGUGCUGUCUUGAAUCAAGUUAGCUUAGACAACAAAUCCUCCAGCUUCUUAUCAACCUAUUGCUGCCCUGAGCCCAACACAGUCGUGGAAAAAGCUUUUUUGUGCACAAUCACAGGCUUUAUAAUUCCUGAGAAAAUUAUUCAGUUAUUGGAGCAGCUGUGUUGCUAUUUUGGUGAACCAAAACUGGCACAUUGGCUGACCUUAACUGUGCAUGGCUUUGCAGACAGCCCUGUUUCCUGGAGAGAAAAUGAGCAUGGUUUUCACAAAGGAGGAGAGAACUUGUACAACUUCGUCAUUUUUAGAAAUCUGGACUACUGGCUUCAGAUGGCUGUAGGAGCUCAUGAUGAUUGUCCUCCAUAAAGCUGUGUCCACAGAAGAAGUUCUCUAAUAAUCCCCUGUUACUGACAGAAAACUAAUAAAUUAUUUUUUUAUACAAGUAGUUAUGGAACAGA